AUUGUCAAUUGUUUUACCAGCGCGUUAUCGUUUAUGUCCACAAAAAUAUCAACAAAGUCGUUUUAUAACUAAGAAACCGCAUAGUAUAUCGCUAAAUUGAUGUUAGAUCUUCCGCUAUGAGUACAAUUGGCAUUGUACAAAUACAUCGGUCGAUAAAUCGCAGCAGAGGUCAAUAUUGUGGUAUUUGUUUUCGAUCUACAAUGGAGACCAGAUUCGUCAAGCCUGUCCAUUUGAAAAACUUAUUAAAUAAAUUGGCAAUUCGGUUUAGGGGGGCAAUCCAAGUAUGUUAUUUAUGCGAAGCCCUAGCACUGUCAGCGGCGCGGUUCUUUAAAACCUUAGAGCUGGCAGCUAGAGUGAGCGACCUGUUCACAAACAUGGAUUCGGCGCAGUGGCAGGGUGUUCUCCAGUGUGUGAUGGCACCUGACAAAUAUCCUAAGGUGUUAAAUGAUGAAAGCAUCUCUCGGCGAGCCCUCGAUCUGGACGCGGCACUGCGGGCGAUGCCGCGCUAUGAGCUGCGCCGGACCGACACGCUGGUGGUGCCCUCACCGCCGCAACGACAAGACAUGGUGGUAGUAAUGCAACACGGCAACCCACCCAUAUCUACAUCGAUGCCUACUCUGGCGCCCAUAGUAAUGGCGCCCGCAAUGGCGCCCACGUUGGCCCCGAUGGCGACCACGUUGACCCAUAUGGCGCCCAAGUUGGCCCCGAUGGCGACCACGUUGGCCCCGAUGGCGACCACGUUGGCCCCGAUGGCGACCACGUUGGCCCCGAUGGCAACCACGUUGGCCCAGGUGGCGCCCAAUUUGACCUCGAUGGCGCCCGCGUUGGCCCCCAUGUUGAACGCUAAAUCAAAGGUCUCAAUAGACCCAGUGUUGCAGCAUGUACGGGUGGUCAAUAAGGAGACUAAGCAGAUUGUUUUACAUCCUAUGGUCCACGGCUUAGAUGGCAAUGUGUAUGUACCCUCACUUCAACUCCAAAUACUGGACAAUGGCAUACUGAGGAGCGCUCCAAACAUUGAAAAUGUAACCCCAAAAUUAACCACUGUCAAUGUGACCCCAACAUUAGCCACUGACAAUGUAACCCCUGACAAUGCGACAUUGGAAGACCCCCUAAAAAUACAAGAAGUCGUGUCGCCACCACAAUUAACCCCAGCUGGGAAAAAUUACUCAAAACUGCGAGAAACUUUGCAAAAAAAAGACAACAAAACAUCUAAAAAAAAAGAAAAUAAUGAAUAUUACAACUUUUUGGUAUCACAAAUGGAGGAGAGAAAACAGAAAUCGGAAGUUGAAAUAAUCAAAAUGAACGAUUUAAAUAUCGUCCUUAACGUCGAUGAGGGAGAGAGUAAAAAGAAACGCAAGCGUAGCGGGGGUUCUACGGAGAAAACUUUAAGUGAGGUAGAGUUAUUAUUAAGUGAGAAUGCUCAAGGCGGGUGUGAGAUUAAAUAUGAGAUAAUAGAUGAUGAUGAUGACGUUGAGAAGGAUAAAGUAGAGCCUUUGAGUAGGCCGGUAUUAAAGACUGAUAGGACGGUGGAUUGGGAGGAUAAGAUACCUAUGGAUGUGAUAUCUUUUAUGGAUGCGACAGACCCGAACCCCGAGGAGCGAAUAAUGCAGCCGCCCCCCAUGGGGAUCAUAUCGGACGUCCGUUCCGUACCCAACGAUUUUACCGAACCCAUAGAGUGCAUCGACCUCUGUUGACGUGAAUACACGUCCGCUUUAACCACAGACAAUAAUAGGACGCCACAGACCCGAAUCCCGAGGAGCAAAUAAUGCACCCGCCCCCCAUGGGGGUCAUAUCGGAUUCGCUCCGUACCAAACAAUUGGGUACUUGACACAUGUUGAAUAUUAUAACAAAAUUUAGUUAAAUGGAUAGAAAAUGAGCCAUCCAUUAUAAAAAGAUAUUGAGAUUAUAAAAAUACAAGGCCCCGAAGUCUCAAAAAAAAAAAAAUUUUUUUUGUCUUUCAAAAAUAGAAAAGAAAAUGGUACCAUUCGAUUCCUUACAUUUUAUUGAAAAAUAAAUUGUACGACAACUAUACACAUAAACGCAAUAUUUCAGGGUCAAAAUGGCAAUUUCCUUGAUCUUCCAUACAUUUAGGACAGACUUAUAUGAUGUGACGUCACAUCACCUUACCAUUUUGUUAGAGGCGUUUCAAUCGUCGAGUGCGAGCGUCAGACUUUAACUCUCAUUUCUGACCUUUGUGUUGCUUAAAUGCCAUGAGUCCUAUAUAGACAUUUGAUCUUCAGGAAAAUCAGGAUCGUUUGACAUUAUUUACAAAAAACAGUCAAGUAGCUAAUUUUACCGAACCCAUCGAGUAUAUCGACUUCUGUUGACGUGAAUACACGUCCACUUUAACCACAGAGUACAAC